AGCGUCGUCAACACACUUGACGUAACUUAACGUCAGUCAGAGUGACUGCUGGUUUGACUCCGGCUCGUUCAGCAAGUUAGACUCUUUCAACUCCGUCUUUCUGUCCUCACUUCAAGACUGAACUCAACAAAGACCAUGAACACUUUAAUUAGAUCUACUGCCAAGUGUCUGCGGACCGGAGCGGCGGUCUAUCUGCCCAGACAGGCCGACGGACGCGUGUUGUCGGCGGCCUCGGCCCGGUUCCUGUGCGCGGCGGCGGACAUCCAGAAAGACCUUGGUGAGAUGGUGAAGAAGGACAAAGUGGUGGUGUUUAUGAAGGGGACGCCGGCACAGCCCAUGUGUGGCUUCAGUAAUGCCGUGGUUCAGAUCCUCCGGAUGCAUGGGGUGGACCACUACGCUGCGUACAACGUGUUAGAGGACUCCGAGCUCAGAGAAGGAGUCAAGGCCUUCUCCAACUGGCCCACGAUCCCUCAGGUGUACUUCAGCGGCGAGUUCGUGGGGGGUUGCGAUAUCCUGCUCCAGAUGCACCAGAACGGAGACCUGGUGGAAGAGCUGAAGAAGCUGGGCAUCAGCUCGCCACUGCUGGAGGCUGAGAAAGAAUCCAAGUAGAGGAAGAAGAUGAACUUCAAACAGCUGACGAGACAAGAGGACACAUUUAUCCGGAUUAAUAAAUCAACUCUCCAGGCAGCCGUGGGUCAAACUGACUCUUCUUUCUGGCACAGAAAGAACACACAUUGAAAUAAGCAGUUCUGGUGACAGCACUGUAUCUUAAGUCAUGGACGUUUUGGUUUGACCAUGUUCCAUACCUAGAAAGAGCUCAGAGUGCGAUACAGAGCUGCUUUUACUCUUCUAAAUUUGCACCGUUCGUGUACCUGACAGGUUAGGACAGCGUCUUCACAGUAAUCCAAAGUCACUCUCUACCCACAUUUCUCAUCUUUUUCUUUAAAGGCACUUAUUUCUUUUGGCCAUUUCGGGGCACCGGGAACAAGUUGCAAACAAAACAAAUGGCACAUUAUCACUUUUUAAUUUCAUAUAGCAACAUUAGCACUCAUUUGAAGUCAUGUUUCUGGACACCUGAUGCAGUUACAACCUCUCAAAACUCUUCUUCCAGCUCUGUUUUGGUCUCCAUCAGCCCCAGAGAAAAAUCCCAGCUCUUUAGCUGCUAAACACUCCACUAUAUUAACCAGCUAGUUGCUAACUGUGUCCAUGUGCCAUCUGGUGCUGGGCAGGUAGCAUACACUGGGUUUAUCUGUGCCUUUUUGAUGAUGAUGACGCGACAGCCAGCUGCAGCCAGAAACCAACCAAACCAGUAAAACAACUAAACAAUGAGCUGAAAGAUGCUAUAAUUAAAGCUUUAUAUGGCUGAAGGAAACGGCGGAGUGGGUUUGUCACUAGGAGCCCCCUCUUCCACAUUACACCCAUUUGAUUAAUUUUAUUUUCAAUUAUAGCAGCUUUAACAUUUCCCUCACUGAACACGGGGAGGAAAACGUUUGGUCUUUGCCCUCUAGUUCCUACGUUUUGCAUACUUUUCUAUCAUAUCCUGAUUCAACAAAUUCAAAUCCUUAAAAAAUAUUAUAAAACACAUUAAGAAUCCACACCAGCAGGUGUUGAAAUCACAGGCUUUUUGUGCUGAACACCAUAAUGACUGUCCAACUACAACCUCACUGUUACAUGGAGGAUGGACUUCUACUGCCAGAGGGAGACUGUCAUGUUCCCUCCCGGUGCUUUCAUUAGCUUCCACAUGAAGAACGCUGGCAGACCUCCAUCAUCUUGACCUAUUAACGCUCCCUACUGUCCACCUUUAUUUUCAGACCAAAUGAGCCUCAGGGUGCACCAUGACUAAGUUCAAAUCUUUAUAACGCUGCUCGGGUCCCACCAGGAAAAGACGUCAUCAUACUCGGAACCUUCCAGAUGCACUGCCUGUAACUACAGUUUACUAGAAGGAAGGACAAAGAGGGGGCAAUACUGAUGUUUCUAUGUUCGGGAUUACUAACGCUGGUGUGGGUUCAUAAUAAAUCAAAUAUGUUGUAGUUUAAUAUCUGGCCGAAUGCUCCUGCUAUUGUAGUGGAGGUGACUACAGACAUAGACCACACCUGACCUCACUGACCUCCACAUGCACUGUCAAUCUGACUGAUAGAAGUGCCGCCAUUGUCCCCUAUUUGUUCUUCCAAACCAAAUGUGUCCCCUCUUGUUAACGUCUCCACCCGCUGAAACGCAACAAACACACCCUGAUACCUUUCCUCUUGUUCCUGAAGACGACUGAUACACGGCACAAACCUGAAGCAGUUACAUUCAAAGUUUGUUGUGUCUGUCCAAGUCCGUGGUGUCUGUUCAUUUAUCACUGAAGGAAGAGAGUGUCUUUAUUUUUUGGAGGGGUGUUUUGCUUUGAGUUGUCUUACUGAGCCUAAGAAGCCCCGUCAUGUAUCCAUCCUAGAUGUUCCUCCUGCUGCACACAGUUGUAUUAUCAAAGCAAUGGUCAUGUAGUACACUGUAACAUAUUGUAUAUUGAAAGCAUAUUAAUAAAUGUAUUUUAGCUGCAUGUAAAGCCUGCACCAAAUACUUUGUAAUUUUGUCCAUUUAUUCAUAGAUUAAUAAAUGCAUUUGUAAACACA